AUGUGUCAGGGAUUACCGGAGGAACCAGUAAUGUAUCGAGGACCUGAUGCUGCUAAACAUUUUGUAUCAGCGUUGGUAGAUACUGGAAAACAAGUAUCAGAUAUCAUGAAAAUUAACAUCGAGAUGAAUCCUCUAACUUCUGAGGAACAACAUCGUUUCAAUACCACAAAACAUUGCGACUCGUGUUUAAUAGAGUUUACCGAUAAGUUAGUAAAAGUCAAGGAUCAUAAUCAUUGGACGGCAAAAUUUCGAGCUGUUUUAUGCCACAAAUGUAAUUUACAACGACGAUAUUCCGCAUUCAUACCAGUUAUCAUGCAUGGUCUUUCAAACUAUGACUCGCACAUGAUAAUACCAGAAAUGGCUUACGACAAUAAAGACAUUACUGUUAUAGCACAAUCCGAAGAAAAAUAUAUUUCAUUCAUAUCGAUUUUUGCAAGCGAAUUUGUAUCAACUUACAACCACUNUCGAUUUUUGCAAGCGAGUUUGUAUCAACUUACAACCACCUUGACUUUACCUGAUUUUGCACAUACAUUAAAUGUCUUUAAAUCGUUGGAGUUGGUCACACGGAAAUCGGUUUUCCCAUACGAAUACGUAGACAGUUGGGAAAAACUCGACGAAAACCAGUUGCCAACCCGCGAAAAUUUUUACAGUUCCAUUACGAAAACUACAGUAUCCGAAGAGGACUAUGUACAUGCAAAAAAAAUGUGGCAACACUUUGAAUGCAAAACUAUUGGUGAUUACAGUGACAAGUAUUUACUUUUCGACGUUAUGGUACUUGCUGACAUAUUUGAAAAGUUUCGCGCGGAGAGUUUGAAAAAUUAUUCUCUGGAUCCCACUCAUUAUUACUCAUGUCCAGCCCUAUCAUUUGAUGUUAUGUUAAAAUAUACUGAUGUCAACAUUGAAUUGAUAACAGACCCAGAUAUGUUAUUAAUGUUUGAAUUGGGUAUACGUGGAGGUUUGACACAAGUCAAUCAGCGGUAUGCUCGAGCAAAUCAUCCAGGUAUCUCUGACUACAAUCCCAAUAUUCCACAUAAAUAUCUUCAAUACCUAGAUGCUACAAAUUUAUAUGGAACAGCAAUGAUGGAACCGAUGCCACUUGGUAAUUUUGAAUGGUCAACUGUUACAUUGGAGGAAAUACUUGACACAGCUGAGGAUGCUGAUCAUGGAUAUUUUGUGCAAGUCGAUGUAGAUUAUCCACAACAUUUACAUGAUUUACACAACGAUUUACCAUUUUUUCCUGUAAACGAGCGUCCACCUCAACCGUCUGCCAAAUACAACAAACUGAUGACCACGUUGUUUCCAAAACGUAAUUACGUUGUACACUAUCGAACAUUAAAGCAAGCGGUAAAACAUGGUGUGGUUAUCACAAAACUGCAUAAAGUCAUAAAGUUUAAACAAUCUCGAUGGUUGGCACCCUACAUCCAAAUGAAUACAGAAUUACGUAAAAAAGCCUCCAACAAGUUUGAACAAGAUCUACCAAAAUAUAUGAUCAACUCCAACUAUGGUAAAACAUUGGAGAACGUGAGAAAACAUCAAAAUAUUCAACUCGUUUGUAACGAAGAUAAAUUAUCAAAACUGGUAGCGAACCGUCGUUUGGUCACACCACAAUAUUUAAUGAAAAUCUUGUAGCUGUACACAUGUAUUAAGAAAAAAUUAAUUUUUUUAAACCCAUUUUUAUUGGACAGGCCGUGUUGGAUAUUAGUAAAUGUAUCAUGUACAAGUUUCAUUAUGAUGUAAUGCAACCAUUUUAUGGUCCUGAAAGACUUAGACUCGUGUAU